GAUCAAUGAUCACCCCCCGACCCUGCCUCUUCACUAAGUCCAACUCAACCUGGCCGUUACAUCUACUUCCACCGCCUUACUCAAAUCUCCUCCCAUUUGUCCAUCAUCGGCUUUUAUUGGAAACUCUAUGCUCCUCGCAAGACUUCACGCUGGCUUAUUCCUGUGACAGCGGGCAGCCCCAGAUCUAGACACCGCUUCCUUUCCACCAUCUUUCAGAUUUCUCCCUCCCUCCUCAUCUUUGUCUCAACCUCACUUACGUCCUCCAUCCUUCCUCCGCACACUCCACCUCGAAAACCCUACCCAGUCUCGUUACCCUACCCGCCUGUGGUUUCGACGAAUCCUCUAUCUCACACCACACCGAGCAUCUUCAACCCAUCAUCCUUGAAUCUUCAAACCCUACGAACCCUGCCUGUUUGGAUCGGUCCUUUCUGACGAUUGGCACUUCAUCGGCAUCUGUCUUGGAGUCGAUCAUCGUCCUUACAUCACCAAGAUCUUCACCGCAUUCUCUUUAAACCUUACCUCCCUCUUAAUAUCCAAUCCUGCAGACCAGAUUAUCGACUUCUUUGGUUACCCCAUUGCAUUCGGCCUCUCACCGAUCCCAGAUUUUACACAGGUCAUGUCUUAGUCCGGACAUUCGAAAGGUCUUUGACAGAAUAAUCGAUCAAAGCUCUCGCUGCCUCCACCAUGGCUCAAAUUAUGAGUGCUCAUUCGAGCUUUGUCUACCUCGUCGAAAAUAUUCCAAACUGGCAGAGAGAGGUCAACACUUUGGCCUACCGGGCUCACGUUAAAAACACCGAAUUUGUUGCUGAAUAUGCUCGUUUAGUCAAUCAGAUCCGACCGAAAAGGAAAAAGACACCGUCUCUUGCUUCACUCAACAAUGGCGAUGGAAAAGCCAUUGAUCGCCCUGAGUCCGUCAGCUCUUCUUCGUCGUCCCUCGACCGAGUCGAAAUCGAUCCCUUUGAAGCCGGAAAUAAAUAUUUGUAUGCACAAGCCCGAAGGAAGAGAAAGCCAGGAUCCGUCAUCCGCUCUGCAGCCUCCGGACCCCAGAAGUUCAGGAACAAAAACCAAGUCGUGGUGUACUAUGACGGAUUUAUGCAAGAGCACUUGGACGCCUUGGUCCGACUGGUGGGCAACGGCCGCAACAACCUGCGCAAGGGCAAAAAUUCCCUUGUCGCCGCUCGUGGAUUCCAACUCCCUCGACUGACACGGACUUUGGUGAGAGACUUCAAUACCCUGGACGACAACAAGUCACGGAGUACGUCGGCGUUACCGGGCAAGCAAAAGACGGAACCUUCGUCCGAACAAGAAGUGACUAAUCACGAGGCCACUUUCCUUCAGGUUGACAAAGAACUUGAAUCCAUCCAGUCUCUUUGUGAGGUUGCUGCACAUCAGUUUCUUCGAGACGGAGAUUGCCAAACGGAGAUGGAUAUACUCAAGCAAAAACUCAAGGAUCUACACGUGAGGGUCAAGUCCACGGCUGAAGUGUUGAGUAAGUUCGAAGCCACACAACAGUCCCAGUCCGAGGCCCUCGAUUUAUCACUGUCGGAUUUCCCCCGCGGGAGUGACUCUGACGCCACACUCUCGACCCGACCGUCUUUAGAUGUGCUUCAUACCCCGAAACUCGGGGUUGGCUCUCUUCCAGGCAUGCCUCAUUCACUUGGUCAUAAGCUAUCGAGGCCAGGCUUUUUCAGUGCUCCAGAUAUCGGUUCACAUGCAGAGCCUCCGCUCUUGGUCGCCGAUGACAUCGAAGUCGAUGAUGACAGUGACCCAGAGGACUUUCUAGUCGACGUGACGUCGUUCCGUAUGGCGAGAACUCGAGCCUGAUACAAGGCCCUUAUCGUCACCAUCAACAACAACAGCAGCAACAACAACAUCACCAUCAUUUGUUACAUCUUAGCGUUUUCAUUGUCAUUUUGUCGGCAUUGGUUUCCUGCACAUUAGCGAGUUCUUGACUAUAAUACAAAAGAAAGCAUACGGUGCGAGUAUGGGAAGCUCCUGCACCAAGGAUAUGGAAUAUUUGGUUGGCGGGCGGAGACUCGAGUGGCCGAUGACGCGUGCCACCGCAUGUCAAGAUGACAUCUUGAACAACUCCGCACCCCAGACCAAUGGAUCAACGGCUACGAGACCGGACAUACCGCUCCGGGAUCUUGAAUAAGCCAAUCAAGCAGAAUUUUAUGAAUGGAGAGUGAAGAAGAAAUGUGCACGAGACUGUCACGGCCGCUGGAUUUCCUUUACUGGGGGGAUAUUUUGAGAUAUUGGGAAGGGGGCUCUCUCGGGAUGGGAUGGAGCGCGGGGCCGAUGGGAAUCAGUCAAUCUGGGAGGACGGGAGUGAGCGAUUUGAGCGAUGAGAGGUGUAUCUAUUUGCCUUGAUUUUCGACACAUGAGAAUCGGCCAACUACAACAACCAAACAACCAAACACCACCAUACUAAACCCAUCAAGAUGGAAGUCAAAUCGAUCCGCAGAGCCAUUAUUGGCCAUGUGAGUCAGUCUCCUGCGUCUUGAAUCGGUGAUGGGAAACCUGGGGGAACACGAGAGGAAGAAUGGGAUUGUGAAGUUUCCAGGGAAUGAGGGAUCUCAAUUAAGUUUCCUUUUGAUCUCGCCAGCCAAAUGCCUAAGUAGCCACACAAUGUUGGGAAGCACUGAAUACGCGUGUAUUCCCAGUCAAUGAUCAUUCUUAGACCAACCCA